CAGUUUGGACGAAAAUGACCAAAUUCCAGCAGAUGGACAACGAUGGCGAGCAGAUAAAACGGUUUGUUUUUGGCAGUAAAUCCAGAAACGGCACUGCGCAGGGUGGAGAAAAGCUGGAAAUUCUGAUCCCCGAGCUCCCAUUGCCGGGCUACUCGUUCUACACCUGGCCGUCGGCCCACGUGCUGGCUUGGUUCUUGUGGGAACGACGAAACUCACUCGUCGGCAAGCGGAUACUGGAGCUUGGUGCAGGCACCGCGCUACCGGGCAUCUUGGCCGCCAAGUGUGGUGCUCACGUAACACUGAGCGAUUGCAGUACGCUGCCCAAAACGCUGGAACACAUCCGUCGGUGCUGUCGGGUGAACAAUCUGCUCCCGGCUAAGGACAUCGAGAUCAUCGGACUGACGUGGGGCCUCUUCCACGAUCAAGCGCUCCAGCUCGGACCGGUGGACUUGAUCAUCGCGUCCGACGUGUUUUACGAUCCUUCGGUGUUUGAGGAAAUCCUUGUCACCAUCUCGUUCGUGCUCGAGUCGAACCCGGGCGCCAAGUUCAUCUUCACGUACCAGGAGCGCAGUGCGGAUUGGUGCAUAGAAAAUCUGCUCAAAAAGUGGGAUCUGGCGUGCUCGGUGAUUAGCUUGGACAACCUCAGCGAAGAGCUCGGCGUCGAUCCGCAGGAGUUGAUGGGCAACCAUACGAUCCAUCUGCUGGAAAUCGUGCGUCCAUCGCGAGCUUAG